AUGCGGCAUGUUCAGGUGGAGAAGGCAAAACUGUGUCUAGACGAGCCCUCUCACUGGGUUGCAGGAAGCAGCAGAACUAGAGCGACUGCUUUACGCCCUCCUCCUACAGGCGCCGCAGCAGCUCUACUUCGACAUCCGAACGGCAUACUUGGAAAAGAGGGAGCUCUAUGCGCAGCAGCAGCUGCUGCAAACCCUAAAGCCGCAUCAACAACAGCAGCAACAGCAGCAGCAGCAGCAGCACAGGCAGCAGCAGCAGCAUUAGCACAGGCAGCAGCAGCAGUCAGCCCAGCAGCAGCAGCAGCAACAGCAGCAGCAGCAGCAACAGCAGCAGCAGCAGCAACAGCAGCAGCAGCAGCAGCAGCAGCAAGAGCACCACUGGAUGUCCGAAUUCCAGCAGAGCUGUCAGCUGCAGGCAGCACAGGAGGUGUACAGCCACAUGUGUGGCUUGGUGUCUGA